AUGGAGUACCCUUAUGGGGCAGGUACAGUCAAGAUAAUACCUGCCUCCGCAUUCCGAGAUGUUUCCCUAUAUCAACAGCACUUUCCGUACGACUAUGGACAGGAACCGUUGGGGCACCCAGUCAACGGUGCCUACUACAUGGGCGGCGUGUACAAUCCGGCGUAUCUACACGAGCCGUACGGUCAGAAUGGAUACAUAGAUCCAACAUACGGAGACACAAGUCAACAACAUCAGACACAUCAAUACCCGUAUUAUGGAUAUCCAAGUUAUUCCCAUUACAACUAUCAACAAGCAUCCGCGUAUCCAGGUGCCUAUGGUCCAUAUCCGGGUGCUUCUGGCGCCUAUCGCCCAUAUCCCCAACCGGCGCCAAGUCCUCCUCGACGAUCUCGAACGGCGCCAUCAAGACCACGAUCGACGGCGCCGACAAUGGGAACAUUAGGAGCGGAGAGUCGGCGGGGACGAGGCGUUUCUGCGGAGGCUUUCGAUCGACGACAGUAUAAAGCAUAUUUGGGACCAGCGAAAAAACCGAUACCAAUGUACAGAAAGAAAAGGGAACCACCGAUUGGAAGAUAUCAGGAAACAGAUUUUGGAGGUGGUGGGGGAGCUGGAAUGGGAGAUACUGUAUUUACACCGUAUAAUAGGAAUUAUUAUGGAGAAGUUGGACAUAGGACGCAACAACAGCAACAGACGAUGACGUUACGAAGGUUACGACCCUUCUAUGCACCUUCAUACACAACAUAUCCACCCUCAACGAUGCAUCCGAAAAAUGCAUUGAACAAUAGGAACUACCCAUUAUAUGCAAGGCUUGCAGCCAAAGCAGUUCAAGUUAUCCUCGGAGUAGCAGUGAUUGGAUUAGUGUUAGGACCGAUGAAAGGCAAUUCGUUCCAUGAUUUUGUGAUAAGAACGAAUACAGAAUGGCAGGGAUUAGUGUUGGGAAUCAGUGUUUCGUUUUCAUUCUUUUCUCUUGUUCUUGGUAUCACUUCUUGUUUUGCCAGCAAUUUAGCCAUUUGGAAGAAAGUUGAUGGUCUUCUAACUGCAGCCGGAUGCUUCUUCUGGCUAGUUGCUGGAUUUGUGGAAGCCUAUUUCGCAGCAUGUUAUCCACCAAACGGUCCGAGAAUCAAUCUCGUUUGUCAUCGAGCUGAAUGGAUCAUUGCUUGUAUUCUCGCUUUCAUCAACUUCUGCGUCUUCGUAGCCGACUUCGUGCUAUCGUGGAUGAAUGGUGCCUCAAUGCUGUGA